ACCCUCCAGCGCGGCAAACGCUGCAACAGCAUCGGGGGCCGGUGGAGGGCAGCAAGGACCCCAGUUAAGUGGUUCCCCCAGGCAGAGCCGAAAUUAAACCGAACUCUGCCAUGAGUGUGACCCGAGCCACAGGUCCGAACCUGAGCCUUCUCUAUAUCUUUCCGCACACCUGCCUCGCGGCACGUCUGUUUGCCGGUUAAUUGCCUCUUGACUGAGAACAUCUAAUUUACAAGAUACCCUUAUUCAACUUUUCUCCUUCAUGCAACAGACUGCUUCUAUAAGGCAAAAAAUGUGGCACAGAGGACUUCAACACAGACUUCUUGACCAAAUGAUUGCAUGCUCUGGGAGUUCAGAGGACGAAGGCAAGAAGCUUGGCUUGAACUGUUUGAUGCUAAUAUAAUUUAUUUCUGAGGCAAGUUGAAAAAUGAGGUAUAUCUCUCAGAGAACAUCAGUCCAACGCAGGAGAUACUCGGCAGACCUACAGUUGCAGCUGCCUGAAUCAGACCCCCUGCUUGGGCACAGAAUCAUCAACCUGCUGCGCAUUAACCUCCCAAACCGCACUUGGACAUGGUAGUCUUAGGGGACCGGGGAUGCCUUGUAAUGCUGGACUCUGCUCUACAAAGAUCGCAUAGCUGGGGAUGGAGAGGGAUGCGAGCCUGUGAAACCGAACAGUGCCAUCGCCUGACGCCAACGCUGCUGCCUCUGCUCCCUCCUCUGCUCCAGUCCACCUGGUUCCUGCUGCCCGGUAAGCCCGGAGAUGCCUGCUAAGCUGUGGUUCUGUUUCUCUCUCCCUCUCCUCCCUUCCCUCUCUCUCCAUUGGAUUUUCUUAGCUGAUCUCUUUUCCCGUCUCAAAGUUCCUGUCCACUUCUCUCUGGGUCUCUUCAUCCUGUAAUAUGCCUUACUCUGCAAUUCAUUCUAGGCUCCUUUCACAGGUAACUCUGGAUGGUCUCAGUUCGGGGAUUCCCUGCUCUACUCUUCCUGAGCUGAGCUGGGCUCCAGUCUUGUCCCCGCAGCAGACGUGCUUAGGUCCGUGUUGGGAUUUUGGAGCUCUCCAGGCACUUCAGGGAGAGGAGGAUGCAGGAAUAGCUUUGAGCAGAAGAAACUUUCAUGGAUCCCAUCUCCUCUUACCUACAAGGAUCGCUGGAAAUGGGGGUGCUCUUUGCCAGAGUAUGGAGCAGCUGGACGGUAAAAUCUGGUUCUUCAGAGUCUCAGGGAUUCCAACUGCAGAGAUAUGUCCUCCCAACUCCCCUUCCCCCCAGCCAGGUAUAAGCAAAAAUCAGGCAUCAGGAGAGAUGCUGAUGGGUUGCACUAUGGGAAAAGCUGUGGUGACAGGUACUGCGAGUCUGUCCUCCAGGAGUCCUGGCCAACAGGUUGAAGGCUCACUGGAUCUUCCAGCAGUCCACUUGGCUGAGGAGGAAAUGAUGGUGAAAGGAAAGGACACGAGCAGCCUGAAGCCAGGAAGCCAGGGAGUUGGAGGCAGAGGCAGGAGCAGAGCCCAGGUCUGUGGGCUCAAUGAACUUGGAACUGCUACAGGUGGUGACAUUGUUCUUCCCUUGCAUAGGGGCACCAUGGGCUUCUGGAAAUUUCCGCCCUUCCUGGUUCUCAGCAUCCUGGUCCUGUACCAGGCAGGCAUGUUCCACACAGCACCAAUGAGGUCUGCCUUUGGGAGCCCUUUUGAUCCUGCUACCCUCUCUGAGGAGGAAUCACGCCUCCUUUUGGCUGCAAUGGUGAAUGACUAUGAGCAGAUGAAGGCCCGUGAGAUGCAGAAGCAGAGGGCACAGGGCUCCGGCAUCACUGUCCAGAAGAGAUCCUGCAACACUGCCACCUGCAUGACCCAUCGGCUGGUGGGCUUGCUCAGCAGAUCUGGGAGUAUGGUGAGGAGCAACCUGUUGCCCACCAAGAUGGGCUUCAAGGUCUUUGGUGGGCGCCGCAGGAACUUUUGGAUCUGAGCAGUGGGAUGAUUCCAGGAGGAAGGUUACUAUGACUCUGAACUCUACUUCGUUAAAUUUACAAUGAAAGCAACCUACUAAAAAAUAGCAUGGAAGACAUCCAUGUAUGCAUGCUUCUCGAAACUGAAAACACUCUUUUCCUUGAAAUAAACUAAAACUAAAUGCAAAAUAAAAUCAA